AUGUGGAAAUUCAGUCAUCUGAAUGCAGACGCAUUUGAGGACCCCAAGAAAAACAGCGGUCGAAAAAGACCCCGCUGUCGGGAGCCCAUAUCAUGUAACCAUUGUCGAAAAUCCAAAGUGCGCUGCGAUCGCAAGUCACCAUGCAAACCGUGCCAAGAUCGUGGGAUGGACAAACAGUGCACUUACUCCGGUUCCAAAGUCCCAGCAGUCUCGCAAUCUACCAAACCAACAGUGUCUCCUCAACGCCCAGAGAUCGAUCUACACGCCUUCGAGCAGCCGACACCCCACUCAUCUGAUGGCCAGAUCUUCGAUCCACUAUCGGAUUUACCCCACAACCCGACCACUGUCAGUCAUGCCAAUAGUGCCUUUAAGGGGUCAAACUUCAAAACAAGAAUGAUUGGCGGCACCCAUUGGAUGGCCGUGUGCACCGAUUUGCCCGUAAUAGGGGCAAUGCUGGAGAAGACCGUUGAUUUUCAACCGAUGUGGAGAACUUUCGCGGAAGUCAAGUCUCUCCUUCGCGUCGCAAAUUCGGUCCCAGCCGGCGUCAAUGGAGAUCGUAACAAGCUACUGAAUCUCCUUCCCGAUCGAUCAACCUGCGAGAAGUGGAUCAGGCGAUUUUAUGAAACAUAUGGCAGAAUCUAUCAUGUGAUCGACCAGAACUGCCUGAUGACGGAGCUGGGAGAAAUAUUGAUCGCCUCCUUCGACGCGAAUGAAGUCCACAUUCUCAAAAUCCUGUUGGUAAUUGCGAUUUCCAUGCAGACCGACAAGUCAGAGCGACUAUGCGGGCGUCGGCUACUGCAAGAAGCGGAGAGCCGUAUUCAUACAUCGACACAGUUUCAAAAACCUUGUGUCGGCGUCAUGCAGGUUUUAUUGUUGUUGAUCAUCAUGAAGACCAUUACUGCCUCUGACACUGACAAGGUUUAUAGCCUCAUGGGUAUCGUGGGCCUGACUACGCAAAUGGCUCUGAGCAUGGGCUUGCAUAGGGAUCCGGCCUUGUUCCCUGGUGUCACUUCUUACUAUGCAGAAGUUCGGAAACGAUUAUGGGCUAGUUUCUUUCGAUUAAAUCUCGACUAUUGCAUCCGGAGCGGAUCAAACUUUAGUAUUCGACUGGAGGAUGUGGACUGUCCCCUCCCGAGCCGUAUCGACCUUUCGACCCUUGACCCAGGUACCAUGAUGGAGUCGGCUACCAUGUUGAACCAUGCCGAGGAAGCAACGGACCAAGCUUUCAAUAUUGCUGCAAUGAAGCUUGCCGUAGUGAGGGCUCCAUUACACCAGCGACUCUGCUCCAUAACUCCUGAAUUAUCAAGCGAGCUACGGGAUCGGAUGCGCGCCUCAUUCCACAAGAUCUUGCGCGAGUUUCCUCCGAAUCUACACGAGGGAGCUUCGUCAUCCAGUCUAAUCGAAAAGCUUCAGCAAGCCUUGUUGUCAAUCCAGGUUCAUAGCUUCAUGAUCAUUAUCACACUCAAUUUUGCUCUAGAGGUCCCAUCUCAUACCUCGCAGCGGAGCGAUCUCUAUGAAUUAUGGGAUGAUUCAGUGUCCAUUCUCCUUCAGUUGCAAGAGGUGUUACAGAGCGGCUCUGGGCUGUCUAGCGUGGCUUACCAUCUACUUUGGACCGACCUUGCCCGCGCAGCAUUAACCGCAUGUUUGGUGGUUGGUCGCCUACGGAGGAUCAACAUGGGAACAACUGUCUCCAAUAGCCCCAAGCCAACACUGGUCAUCUUUCAACAGCUUUUGCUGAAAUAUCUAGGUGCUUUAUCGCAAAUUCUAGCAUGCAAAUACAACCUCGGCCCUGUUGCAGCAAAGACGAGACUUGUCCUUGCUGUGGCGACAACUGUUACUUCAAGCCUCGUCGACGACGUUCGCGGCUUGCAACAGGAUUCCAAAUUCUUGCAGGUCGGCAUCAAAGCUGCCGACGAGGUUGUAACCGAGAUGGAAUGUUGUCUGAAGCGGGAAAACCAAUACUCAAUGCCCGCCUUGCUGGGAUUCAAUACUGCAACGACAUCAGCUCCACCACGUGGCUUCACUCCUCUUACAGCAGACUGCAUGGACCAUACACAACUCCUCCCAGAUCCCUUAAUUCAGACGUUGUUUUCGAGCGACUGCGACUUUUACCAGAACUUAGAGUCUCCGGGUCUGGGUAUGCAGUCUGAUUUAUGUUUACCAUAUUCCAUGACACCAUUCUGA